AUGGAAAAAUUUGAAUAUCGAGCGUAUAUUAAAACUCGUGUCUUGCUCGGGAAAUCAGCGACUGAGAUAGCCAACGAACUCAAUCUAGCACAUGCUGACCAAGCACCAAAAUAUCGUACAGUUUCCAAGUGGGUUGCUCUAUUCAGAGAGGGCAGAGAGGAGCUAAACGAUGGCCUCCGCUCUGGACGUCCAAUUACCGUGCAUACAUCAGCAAAUAUCGAGCUGGUGAGGCAAAUUACUGAGAUCGAUCCCCAUUCAACUUUUGAUGAUAUUAUGGCUGAAUCAUCCAUCAACCGAUAUACAUUGGGUGAAAUCAUACACGACUCACUUGGACUAAGAAAAUUGGCAUCACGUUGGAUACCGCACGAAUUGACAGACAAAAAUCGAAACGACCGCGUUCAAGCUUGCCGUGAAAAUUUGGCUAAGUUUAAAGAAGGCAAAUGGCGAUUGUGCGAUGUCAUAACCGGCGAUGAGUCCUGGUUUUAUUUGAGGCAAAUCGGACACAAGUCGUUAACUCCAGCUGGGUAG